AUGUGUAUCUGGGGAAAGAGAAAUGAAUUGAGAAUCGUUCAGAGAGAGAGAGAGAGAGAGAAAUUUUUCGAACGGCAGCAAAUGGAGAAUGUGGUCUCUUCAUUAUCUAUCUAUCUAUCUAUCUAUCUAUCUAUCUAUCACAGCCUUGUGCCACAUUCAAUUCCUGUGGUUGAAUUGAUAAAUACCGUCUCUUCACUAUCUAUCUAUCUAUCUAUCUAUCUAUCUAUCUAUCGCAGUCUCUUCAUUAUCUAUCUAUCUAUCUAUCUAUCUAUCUGUCAUCUAUCUAUCUAUCUAUCUAUCUAUCUAUCUAUCUAUCUAUCUCAGUUUCUCCAUAUCUAUCUAUCUAUCUAUCUUAAAUUGUUCAUAUCUAUCUAUCUAUCUAUCUAUCUCAGUUUCUCCAUAUCUAUCUAUCUAUCUAUCUCAAUUUGUUCAUAUCUAUCUAUCUAUCUAUCUAUCUAUCUAUCUAUCUAUCUCUGA